CCUCCAACUCGUUCUUUCCCAACCCAAAACACCGAAAUGCCGAAAACCCAUCUCUCUCUCCUCUCUCUCUUCUCUCUACUCUCUCUCAUCUCCUCCUCUCCAAUCGACACCUUCGUCUAUGGUGGCUGCUCUCAGCUAAAAUACGCCCCAGGAACACCUUUCCAAUCCAACCUCAACUCCCUCCUCACCUCUCUCCUCAACUCAGCCUCCUCCACUUCCUACGCCAACAUCACCAUCUCCUCCCCUACCCAAGACUCCCCUCUCUAUGGCCUCUACCAAUGCCGUGGCGACAUCUCAACCGUUGAUUGCUCGAAAUGUGUCCAGAACUCAAUCACCCAACUGGGAAUUCUUUGUUUGGAUUCCUGCGGCGGUGCGAUCCAGCUUCGGGGAUGUUUAGUUAAGUACGGUAACGUGACGGUUGCUGGAAUGCAAGAUAAGACGUUGGUGGUGAAGAAAUGUGGAUUGACGUCGAACGGAUACGGUAAUGAUCUUUUGAGUAGGAGAGAUGAGGUUUUGAUGGAGUUGGGAAGUGGGAGUGGGUCCUACCGUGUGGGGACAGCUGGGUAUGUAUCUGGAAUGGCCCAGUGUGUGGGAGAUUUGGACGGUGGAGAAUGUUCGGAUUGUGUUUCGGAAGCGGUUGAGCAGUUGAGGACUGGGUGCGGUGUGAGCGUGUCUGGAGACGUUUAUCUGGUGAAAUGCUACGUGAGGUACUCAGCUGGUGGUGUGUAUUCGAAAGCAAGGAAGGGUGGUUUUAGUUUUUAAAACUCUACUGUGGUAAUUCGUUAUGGGUGAAUCUCGUAUCGCUAUGGUGAUGUAAUGGUCAUCAGAAGUGGGACCUAGCUGGUUUGACAUUUUAAGAGUGGUUGAGAUCAUGAGCUGCCUCGCAUUACUAUCCGUUCCUGACUGGAUGGUUGUCGAUCGGAUCCACCUAUAACAAUCUUUCACUGUGGUUUGUUUGUUUUCUUUUUAAAAUCACCGAAGCGAAGUUUGGGUGUACGCGAACGUGGUUGCAAUGACCCAAUCGGUGUCUGAAAUGGACCCCACAGACAUUUAAGGAGGUCAGACAUGUGGCGGCAAACCCCACUGCUGUCCACUUCAUUAUAGCAUUCACUCAGAGCAAGAUUUCACUGUGGUUGUUUCACACUGGAUGAUCAAUCAUAACAGACUUUGUAAUGAAAAAUGACUCAAGUGCCCUUAUGAUAGUGUUUUCAAUUUUUAUUUUAUUUUAUUUACUUCCAGGUGGAAGAUUUUGCUUUCUAUAAACCAUGGCUAAUAAAUAAAUAAAUAAAUUGUGGGUGAAUCUCAUUGGACACUGAUAAGAGGUGGGGCCCACUUGGGGCCGGAGGAAUUUGCUUUCUAGAAAACAGCCAUAGCAAAAA